AUGAACCAGCACAUGGACAUCAUGGCCAUCCUGACCGGAGCCGGCGUGCGCGACGCGAUGGGCUAUGUUCUCCUUGGUACCGCCGGAUUGGGCCGUGAGGCAUCCGUCCAGUUUCUCUUGCGGCAGCGACGCAAGGAGAGUGAAAUGAGCGUUCAUGCGUACGCUAACUCCAGCGACGGUUCCGGCAUGACACCCCUGAGUUGCAGUAUUGAGUGGUGCAGCUCUGGGAAUCCCAGGAUCGUGCGGUUGCUCGUUGACGCUGGAGCAGAUACGACAUCGACCGUUCGAGUCACGAACUUGAACGGAGGGGUGGAGUACAACGACACACCUCUGGCUGUCACAACCUCGCUCCUCCGCGAGAAGGUUGUAGACGGCAAACCCGCUACGGAGGAGCAGCUGCAUAGGCUGCAGGCCAUCCGUCGCUUGCUGUUGCGAGUCGACGCGGUCCAUGCGGUGUCUUGGCUGUGGCCAAGCGAUGCCCCCUCCAUCGUCCAUGCUGUAGAGAGGUCCUGUGGUCCCGAGCCGCGUAGGCCACCGCUGAGCCUGACGUUGCCAAUCCUGAAGCGACGGGCAAAGACAUGUCACGUGUUCGUCGCAACACUCUUGAGGAGUUCUCCGAUAUCCAGCGGGCGCGGCUCACGAAGAGCUGAUCUGUCCAAGGAAAAGGCGGGGACCGUUAGCUUGGAAAGUUUGGGCGAAACUGCUGUCACAUUUUUCUGA